AUGGAAGCGGGCGGCCAUCUUAGGUGUGUGCAUUCCGUCUGUCUAGAAUACUGGAUUCUCGAGCAUGUGUUAAGUGACGUUAGUGUAGUCUACCACUCAAGGCGUGGCAUGGAUAAGGAGAACGGUGAGGGUGGCGAUGCGGCCGGCAAGCCGCCGCCCGACGGUUUGCUGGACGCCGCUGGUCUAUUCGGAGCGUACUGGGGCCGCGACGGGUCUGGCGGGGGCGCCGCGGCCCAGGCCCAGGCCCAGGCGCAGGCCCAGGCGCAGGCGCAGGCGGCGCUCUUCGGCUUCGGCUCGCGCUACCCACCGCCGACUACCCUCGGCGUCGCAGCCAACCAGGCGGCCUCGCUCGGCCUCCACCCCGCUGCCAGUGCAGCAUGGUGGUCGAUGGCGUCACACCUAGCCGCGCAGGACUAUCUAGCUCGACUGCAGGCGUCCGGCCUCAAUUUCCCCCCGUUGGGGGACCCUUACUCCGCUCUCUCCGCUUUAUCCGGCGCCGGUGGAGGCAUGAAACAGCAGCCAAAACACCAGAAGCAGCCCAUGCGAAGUGAGAGUAGAUCCGGUCGCAGUAGCGGCAACUCGAGUGCUUCGAUGAAAGAGAAGAGUCCCUCCACGAGCGGCGCCAACUCUCAGCCGAGCAUGAGAACAUCGUACGGCUUUCCGAAGACCUCAUCCCCGUCAACGAUGCACUCCCAAGCUUCGCUCUCCAGCCUGGCAUCCCUCAACAGCUUGGUGUCGGCACCGCACCAGUCCAAGUCCUCGAGCAAACCUUCAUCUGCGUCUUCGUCGUCUAGGAAGAGCUCUUCCGGGUCUGGUAAAAGCAAGGAUCGAGACCUGGCGCUCCUGAGGGGCGAUUUGAUGCUGGCCCAGGCGGCGGCACACGGCGCCUACCACGCGGCUGUUGCCGCUGCCACCAAGGGCAAGAACAUGUCACCGCUGUAUCCUUUUGGAAUGCCGGGCUCUGAGAAGGAUAGGCACGCGGGCAUCGACUCCCUUACCGGUCUUCCGCACACCAUACUCAGUGAUCCGGCGUCAGUGCUCGGGGGCGUCCGUCUACCUCCCGACACGGAAAUCAUCAAAUACACCUCGUCAUUGGCCGGGCCUAAGGUGCCACCCGGGACGACGAACAGGGGUCGCAAGAAGACGAUAUCGCUGGACCCGCCCCAAGUCUCGGUUCACCCAUCCGCCAGCGAUAGGGCGACUCCGCUACCCAGCAAGCGGGCUAAAGUGGAGGAGUACGGGGCGCGGUCGUCCGUGGAGGUGAUCCGGCUGCCGGGCAAGGCGGAGCGCGGCGGCCCGCCGGCCGGCACGCCGCCGCCCAACCUGGCCGACUACGCGGGCAUCUCGCGCGAGCUGCUGCAGACCAUCGCCAGCCAGAGCGGCCUCAGCCUCGCCGCGCUCGAGCGCCAGCUGCAAGGCGCGCAGCCCGCGGGGGAUUCUGGCUUGAACCUGAGCACGAAGGCCGCGUCUGAAGACGCACCUCUGGACCUCGGGAUGAAAGCUGCCGCCGACGAAGACGCCCCACUUAAUCUCUCACUGAAGCCGGCACCCCCAAGCAGCAAGCAGGCGCUGGACGCGUUGUCCCGUUUGACCUCUUUUAGCAGCUCUCUAAACGCCUCUACAAAUAACGACAGAAUAUCACGUCGCAAACCGGGUGCCAAGCCGAGGCGAGUGGCUCCGGAAUUAAAUUCUCAGGUGGCUGACUCGCCACGACCUAAAUCCAGCGGAAGUGAAGACAGUGAAUCGGUGACGGGGUGGCCGAGCCGCGAGGGCCGUCCGCGCAACCUGGGCCGCGGCGUGAGCAAGCCCAAGAAGAACACGGUGGCCUCGCUGCUCGCGCAGAGCAGGGCGCUGGGGCUGCGGCCCGCGCUCGCGCACCAGCUGCUCGCCGAGACGGACCUGGAGAAACUACGAACGCUGCUCGGAGAAAGCGCGAGCACAGAUUCCGAGUGCCCGUCUGACAGCGGCCCCUCAGAUUCAGACGCCAGCGACCCGGGACGCCGCCACGACGCGCAGCUGCGACUGCCUCUAGCGCUCGGCUGGAAACGCGUGACUAUUAUCAAAGGUCUGUCACGUAACUGCAAUAUAAAGGGCGACGUGAGCUACUCGCCGCCCGAGCCCCACUCUGGACUCGCGAUAAAGUCAUUGCAGGAAAUUAACACGUUCCUGGAUUCGAACCCGUGCCCGCCGCUGUCGGCGGACAACUUCAGCUUCAGCGCGCGCACGCUGCUCGGCGAGUACGUGCAGCCGGCGCCAGACCUCGCCGAGCCGCUCGUCUUCAACGAGGCAGAGAUCACCAAGAGAUUGGAGGAGGCGCGGGCGCUGGCAGCCCUGAGCACGCCUCGGCCUACCCCGCCGCCGGUGGAGCGACGCAUAGAGCUGGCGCGGCGCCAACAAGCAGCCAGAGAUGCCAGAAGGGACGCUGGACCGCGCAGAGAGCAGGCUCGUCUUGUGCGAGAGUUAGAAAGGUCAGAAAGGGCCGAACUAGCGAAACGGGAAAAAGAGGCGCGAAGUCAACAACUCUUAGAGCAUAUCAACAAGAACCGAACGCAGCUCACCAUCGAACCGCUGCCGUCGUUACCGAAAAUUGGUACAGAUUCCAAUGAGUGGAAAAUACCGGAAAUAGUGAUGGGUCCCGCCGUUAAGACAAGCAAGGACCGCACUAUGCCGCCAAUAAGCUUAUCCCUAAUACCAGUCAGCGGACCGAAAGAGCAAAACGCGCCGAUAAAAACGCUGAACUUCGACCAAUCAGGUUGGAAGGAGGAGGUCGAAGAGUACAACGCGUUGGACAAAAUGAAGGACUUCGCCGAGAAAGCGGCCUUCGAUUUGCCGAAAAGGCCCAAAGACAAGUAUUUAGAUUUCACGCUGAUGAAAGCGACGGAGAAGAAGACCAAAACGCCCGACAAGGAGAACAACCUGGAGAAACUGAUCGACUCCUACUCGAGGAUCGGCGAGUUCAUAAACGGCUGCGACUGGUCGAAGCUGGACGCUGACGGCAGAAACGAGGACCCGACUAGCUUAGAGCAGAAAUAUUUAGAUGCCAAAAACGAGUUCAUGUCACAGAAUCUGAUGCUAAUGCCGAGGCAGGCGCAGAAGUCCGUCCUGAAAGAGAUCAUCGACCUCAGCGGCGAUGACGAGAACAUACUAAACGAUAUAAUAACGAAAAAGAUCAGCCAAGGAACGUUUAACGUGGGCAAGGACGGCGCCCUAUCGAUAUCGGUACAUCCCUACGGCAGUAAGGACAUGUACUUGGCUAAGAGAAGAAAGCAGGAGGAGUUGGAGAAGCAGAAAAUAGAAGAACAGGCGAAGAGGCAACAGGAGAGAGAGUUAAAGCGACAGCAAGCCAUUCUAUUAAAAGAACAGCAAAAGUACAUAACUGAGGAGCGCGAGAGGAGGCGCCAGCACACCACCUUCAUCCGUCAGCUGGAGGCGCGCAGGCGGUGGGCAGAGCGCGAGCGGAGGAAGCACCAGACCCUGCUGGACCGGCUCCUCGCCAAGGAGGGCAAGCUGCAGCAGAGGAAGCGCGAGAUGGAGCUGCUGGCCGAGCUCAGGAGACCUCAGGAGGAUUCGUCGUUAUCAGAUCAGAAACCAUUGCCUACACUAAGCAGGAUCCCCGGGCUAAAACUUGCUGGACAAGCUAUGGCCGAUUUGCUGCAAGUGUUCGAGUUUAUCCACAACUUCGGACAGACACUUGGAUUUGACGUGGAUUCGCUGCCCAGUCUCCACACGCUGCAGCAGUCGUUGCUGCCAGACUGCAGCGGGGAUGCCGAGGAGGAGCUCCUGCAAGUGCUGACACAACUGCUCGUCUGCGCAAUCGAGGACCCAGGCAUACCUCAUCCGGGAAGGCACACAACGUUGCUGGGACACGCGAUCCGAAUGGGCGACAUCACCCCCGCCAACCUCAGCGAGGUGCUCCGCAUCUAUCUCUACGCUAACGCCACCGGCGAGCUCAAAGCCCUAACCGGUUUAACAGCUGAGCGGGAAAGAGAGCGUAGAGUCGCCGACCACCAUCAAAGCGACGCAGAAAUGCAGCACACUUGCUCCAGCACCAAAAACGCCGCUUACUACGAGCAGCUGCAUAACAACCCUACUUACAAAUUAUCUGAAACGCUACGCGACAAGCCGUUCCUGGCGCUGAACCCGACUACAAAGGCGCGCAUGUUGGCGUACUUAUGCGACGAACUGCUGCAGAGCAAGGCCGUACUGCGGCAAAUUGACGCCUCUCUCGAACACCUUAACCAACUGCGCAAGGAGCGCUACCUCAUGGACAUGAAGAUACGCAAAGUACGCGUGCUACACCAGCGUAAAGUGCGUGCAGAACAAGCGGAGAAACAGCAGGCGCUGGCGUUGGAGCGGAUGCAGCGUCUCGUUGAAGAGAGCACCGCUAAUGUAACCCUUCCCCAUUUGCCAGAAGAAGAUCAUUCAAUGAGUGACAAGAGUGAGACACCGAAAAAACUUGACAAAGACGACUCGUCGAUUUUGGAUUCAGAAUUAAGCAAACAAGCAGAAUUACCGUCCCCUUACAAAGAUAAUACACCUAUCGAGGAGAGCGACAAAGAACUUUCACCCUUAAAAGAUCUCUCCAACAGUAUGAAGACGAAGGAAAUCAUGAACAACAAUAAAGACGAGUGUUCGCCGCCUGACAACUCUAAGAUCGACAAAGACAGUGUUAUAGGUGAUUGUGACGCAAUAUUGAGCGACUUGGAAAGUGAAGGAACUCAACCUGAAGAGGACGAGGAUAAGAACCUAUCAUCUGAAGAACUCGCACGCAAAGUGGAAAAACUGUUGAGGCAGUCAGAACAACAGUUGCAGCAACUUACCGCUGGCUCACACGCACUCAGAGCUACAUGCUUUGGACAAGACAGAUAUUGGAGAAGAUACUGGUCGCUGGGCAAAAGCGGCGGAAUAUAUGUGGAGGCAAUGGAGUCGGCCCAACCGGAAAUAUUGCCUUAUCAAGAGGCUCUAGAGACAGCUGCCUUAAAAGGUCAACCUCUGAGUGACACUGCCAAGAAAAAGAAGAAAGCCUUAAAGGACAAGAAAGAAGUAUCUGAUGAUAAACAAGAAGUAGAAACUGAAGCACAGCGCCAAGAGGAAGCUUUGAAAAGUGAAUUGGAGUUGAGAAAUAUAAAAUCCGAACUCAACUUAAGUGACCAUACUCAAAUAAUUAAGUACGAGCCUAAUGUUAAACACGGCACUUGUAAAGUUGAAGGAUCUUCAAUAAAGAUGGAGGAGAAAUACAUCCAGCAAAAGCAGAACAAAGAAGAGGAAGACCUGUUGGAUAUUGAAGAUUCAAUACCCACCGCUUUCCUAGUCCAGAAACCGACACACAAACCGAUGUUUGCGACACAAGCUGAGCCUAUGGAUAAGCCCCAAGAGAUAGUGAAAGUGGAAAAUAUUGUUAAAACAGAAUCCACAGAAAAGGAGAACCCAGAAGAGAGUAAAAAUGAGCUAGUUAAUAAUUUAGAGGAAUUAAGGAAAAUGGCAGAAGCCGUCUCAUCACAAUUAGACGCAGCGAAGAAGGCUGAAGCUGAGAUGAAAGACGACAGUGACGUUCCAGAACGACCUACAAAGAAAGAACUAUUGGAUGCAGAAAGCGCUCACGCACAUCUUUACAUGAAGAUGCUUGAGGGAAAAUGGUUCUCAAUAUUGAGACAUGAGAGCUCAUAUUUGACUAACAUUAACGAAGAAAAAUCUCACGAUCAAAAAAUACCCGAGUUCUGUGACAACGAGCAUACGUGCUCAGAAGUGGUUCUGUGCCAGGGUCAUAAGUGGGACGUGUCGAACAAUUUACAUCUACUCCAUGACCCGAGUUUAUUCACACUUAAUAGCAUGGUAACCAGUGUUCAGAUACCGACUAAUAACAUUUAUACAGAUUCCAGUCUGACUAUGUCUGGUCUAGACCAAGAAAUGAUGGACGCAAGCAUAAACAAAGAUGAUAAUGAUGAAGAUGAAGAUAUGGAGGAGGAUACCAAGGAACAAGACAAUGACCUCGAAAAGGAGUUGCAAGCGGACGCGGCAAAGAUGGAAGCGGCGGCCCAGAAAGCGAAGGCCUCGGGCCUAACGAGCCUUGGCCUGCUGAACUUCAACGCGCUGUCCACAUACGUCACCUGCGACAGCCCACCGCCAAUACAGAUGACGCCCGAAGAGGUGGAGCAGCUGGAGCAGUGCAAAGUGAACGGGCUGCCCAAGAAAUUGGAGGGGGGUUUCGUGCCCAGAGAGCUUAGACACGGCUGGUGGCGUAUAACGGACGCCGGCGAGCUGAACGCGGUGGUCCGCGCGCUGCACCCGCGCGGCGUACGCGAGCGCGAGCUGCACGCCGCGCUCACGCACAACUCGCUCGCGCUCAACGACAAGUUGAAUUCAGAGAAGAACGACGUACUGCAUUUGGAAGCUACUCCAACCGGCGACGUAACGGCCGACCAGGACUACCCACCGCCCGAUUUGCCGAAUUCAUUCUGCGCGACCACCGCGCGACGUGUCGACAUGCAGUUAUUGGCGAUGGUGGAAGCUCUAGAAGAGAGGGUGGCUGCGGCCUCGAUGCAAGUGAAGGGCUGGCGCCCCUCGCGCCUCCCCCUACCCGAGGAGGCGACCGGGGCGGAAAUCGUGGCCAGGGCGAGGCACAAGCUGGCGUCUGUUGAGGCACACAUCGAGAGGAGAUACCUCAAACCGCCUUUGGUACAAAGCACAACAGAAGCCACGUUAGGGGCAGUUUUGCAAGGGGAACACGGCAACGCAUCUGCUACUUCACCUCAAAACUCCGACGCGAGCGAAGGGAAAGACAACAAGGGCAUAGCGCGCGGCUUGGCGACGUGGCGGGAGGCCGUGGCGCGCUGCAACACCUCGGCGCAGCUGGCCAUGCUGCUGCAGGCGCUGGAGGCGGCGGUCGCGUGGGACAAGAGCAUCAUGAAAGCCAAUUGUCAGUUCUGCCUGUCUGGCGACAACGAAGGUCAGUUACUGCUCUGCGAUGGUUGCGACAAAGGGUACCAUACCUAUUGUUUCAAACCGCGCAUGGAGAAGAUUCCCGAGGGCGACUGGUACUGCUGGGAAUGCGUGAACAAAGCGCGUGGCGAGCGGGUGUGCAUCGUGUGCGGUGGCGCGUCGGCCGGGCGCACCAUCCCGUGCGCGCUCUGCGUUCGCGCCUACCACCAGGACUGCCACUACCCGCCACUCCUCAAGAAUCCGCGAGGCAAAUGGUAUUGCUCUCAGUGCAUUUCUCGAGCGCCCCCUAAGAAGCCGCGCAAUGCGAAAAAACGAGACAGCAAACAAAAGGACAACAGUAUAGAUCUUGACCAGAGCAUGGUACCAAGCCCAGCGGCGUCGCAGGCGUCGACGUCCACCACGGCGGAGGAGUGCACGGCGAGCGUCCUGCACACGCCCGAGAAGCACGACGAGCGCGACGAGCCGCUCGCCGAGCCGGAGAACGGACUGAACCACCACCCCGUAAUGGAGCUGUCAGAUGACGGUCCUCCGCCAGAAAAACGGCGAGCUCUGCAGUUCAGCAGCAACGGCGCCCUACAACACGAUGAACCGGACCUUGAUGGGGAGGACAUCAGUUCGGAAAAUUUACCUUUGCUGUCACGUGCAAAGAAAGAGAAAACUAGUGCCAAAAAACAACUGAAAGAAUUACAGUUUUGCAAGAAUCUUCUGUGCGAAAUGGAGUGCCACGAGCACGCGUGGCCAUUUCUAGUGCCGGUUAAUACAAAGCAGUUUCCGCAGUACCGCAAGGUGAUCAAGUGUCCCAUGGACCUCUCAACCAUCAAGCGGAAGCUGCAUGAUGGAUGCUACAAGUGUAAAGAGGAGUUCGCUUCCGACGUGCGGCUUAUAUUCAGCAACUGCGAGGUGUUCAACGAGGAUGACAGUCCAGUCGGCCGAGCGGGUCAUAGCAUGCGGCAGUUCUUCGAGGCGCGUUGGCCGCACGCA